CACAAGAUCAAAACACAACAUUACUACUCUAACCUCAAUCUUUGAUUUUGCAAACUGGAACUCUUUAUUAUUACUAGAAUGUUUUAGAAUAAAAUAGAUUUAUAGAUGUGAUAAGUAGAGAAAAUUCACUAAUUCAAAGAAAUCUUCAAAAAAGUGAUCUUUCACAGUAGUUUUAUCUUCAACUAGGCCUAUACCACUUACAAUUUAUUAUUUUGUGAACAUUCAAAGAUUGUAAGUAUAACCAAUAUUAGUUUUAUUAACUUGUGGACGAUUUUGUUUUCAAAUUACGCGUAAGUACGUUAAUUGGAACUGUUUUAUUGCAAUUUUUUGUGAUUACUUACUGAGAAAUGGCUUCAAAAGAUAAAGAGGAAAAGCAGUACGGUUUAAUUCUAGCAAAGAAAAAGACAACAGCAGAAAUAAAACGAGCUGCAGUUUUUAAUGUUGAUAGUGACUCUGAUGCAUCAGAUCCAGGAACGACAGAUUGGAUAAAAAAAGCUUAUCGUAAGCAAGUUGCAGGCAAUUCUAGUGGGGUUAGUAGACAAACCCUUAUUGACAGGCAACGAGCCCUUGAACAGGAUGCAACAGUUUACCAGUAUGACGAAAUCUACGACGAGAUAGAAAAGAAAAAAGAGGAACAGACCGAUAAGAAGGAAGACAAGAAAAAACCAAAGUACAUUCAAAGUCUACUAAAGAAAGCCGAAGCUAGAAAAAUGGAGAAUGAGAGAAGAAUUGAACGUCAGAUUCAGAAAGAACGUGAAGAGGAAGGAGAAGAGUUCAAAGAUAAAGAAACUUUUGUUACUUCAGCUUAUAAGAAAAAACUGGAGGAAUUUCAGAAGCUGGAUGAAGAGGAGAAACGAAUGGACAUGCUAGAAGAUAUCUGUGAUGUUUCUAAACAGAAAGAUUUGGGAGGAUUUUAUAGGCAUUUGUAUCGACAGACAGUCGAAGUGAAGAAGGAAGAUGAAAAAACUGACAAAGAAGACGACACCAAGAAGAAAGAAGUAGACGACGCCAAGAAGAAAGAAGAAGACUACAAGAAGGAUGUUGGAGAUGAGAAAAAUAAACUAACCGAUAAGCAUUCAAGUAAGCGACAAUAUCGGAAAAGGAAGAACUCACCCGAACCAAGUUCAGCAGAGGAGGGUGAACGUCUCGACUCAGACACCGAUUCUUCUUCUUCAGCUUCUGUCUCAUCUAGAAGUUCAUCAGCAUCCAGCAGUAGAUCUCGUCGCGAAUCAAAAACCGAAGAAGACACGAAACAACUUAGUGACGACGAGAGGAAGGCGAAGAAACGGAAGCUGGAGGCUGAGGCUGUAAAAGAAUUGAAACCAAAGGACAAGGAGAACAUCAAACCAGCCCCUACAUCUCCUAGUGAAAAAUCAAUUGAAAAGGAAACUACGACUAAAGAUGCUGAAGUUAAGAAGGAAAAGACAACUAAAUGUGAGGAGAAAACUUCAAGUGAACCCAAGAAAGUAGUAGAGGUGAAACCCAAAAUAAACGUGUGGCAAAAAAGAACUGUCGGUCCCGUUUUUGAUGCAGCCGUCAAAAGAUAUUUUGAAAGAAGAGCUUUGAGACAAGGUGGUCAAGGUAACUGAUCUCUAUAAGUGUUAUAAUAAAUCAUUAAUUUGAAUAUAUUA